AUGUGUAUCUUUUUUUUCUUUUUUUUUGUUUGGGCUCAAAGUCCAUUUAUUUUUAAAAAUUAUUUUUUUGCAAUUCUCAAGGUUUUUUUGAAGGUUUUUCUUUUUUUUAUUUUUGUAUUGCCCAACGCAAUUGUUUUUAAUAAUAAAUGCUUUUUAAAGAUUGUUUUUUUUUGUAUUUUUGACAAGAUUAUUUUUGUUUCUAUGAAAUUGAAAAAAGAAAAGCUGUUGUAA